AUGCCACCGAAUAGACACCCCACACCCGCCGCGGUCGACGAACAACACGUCACACGCGAAACUCUGUCGUCCGCCAGAAGUUUGUUGAGGGCCUUGAAAGCGAAAAAAGAAGCGGAAGCGUCAGAAACAGCCUCAGCAGCUUCCGUAGCUGCAGGUUCAGUCGCCGCAUCGUCAUCGUCCGCCUCCUCUUCCACCUCCUCCCCCGUAUCAACUGCAGCGAGAGCUCCAGCCGCUACAUCAUCAUCGUCCUCUUCCACUCCUUUCUUUUCCUAUUCAGCUCCAGUUGCAGCUCCAGCCGUCACCUCAUCACCAUCCAUCGCUGCAACUGCGGCCCCAACCUCGUCAUCAUCAUCAUCACCCUCCCGACGCCGAGAGCGACAAAAAGAACGAAGUCGCCCAUCCCAUCCUAGCAAUGGCCCGCAACAUCAGGUCUUGCUGCAAGCUCCAAAAGUCUCGACACCAGACCCAGCUCAGAUGCCACGUCAGGCUCUAGAUCAGCGACAGCCUGGCCUAACACGGCGUAUCUUCGUCUUCAUUGUGUACCGCGUCGUGUUCUUGCACUGGCAAGGCACACUUGUCAUCGGUUUGGUCUUGGCUGUAGCGGCAAUUGCGACAUUUGUAUCGGCUCACCCAUGUGUCUCCCUCGGCAUCAUGGCAGGCGUGCUGCCCAUCGGUGCCGGUAUGGCGUCCACUUCGUACAGCAUUCUUUGCGAUGUGGCUGGUCUAAAGGGCAAGAACAAGGCAGGCGCUACCAUGAAUGCAACACAGUACCAGCAGGCGACGUCGCCUUUCGCUCUCGUCAACACCAACUUUCCAAGCUUCUCGUUGGGCAUCAGCAGCACGGCAGAUGCCGUGACGAAUGUUAUUACGAGCGAUCCAUCGCACGGCGUAUUGACAACUGCUUCUGAUAUGCCAGCCAAGGAUGCCCUCGGCAAGGUCGAUGCCGCGCUGCAGAAGCAUUUCCGGCAACGGUUGCCGCGGGAGCAGCGCUGGUACGCCGACAUGGCGUCCAGAAUCAGAAAGGCUCCGUCUGCCAAAGCGAUGCGCCAGGGGGCUGGGUGGAUGUGGUGGCGAGGUCCGGCGAUACAGGCACGAGCCGUAGCUUCGGCAAUGGCAAGAGCGCGCGCGAUACUGGAGGUGGUGGAGGAGGCGCUGAGGGCGCGGCAUGAAGUAGUAAGAAUCUUGACAAUCAGCGAGACGUUGAAGGCAGCGGCCCACGCGCUUCGAAACACGUGCGCAUGGAAACAAUUGCUGGAGCAGAAGCCAUACAUUGCGGAGCGGUUCGUCAAGGAUCACUACUCCAUAGACAUGGACGAAGAUGCAGCCAACUUCGACAGCAGCAACACCGCGGUGAUCAAGAAGGAGUUGGAACUUGCACUGGCCGAAGUAUCGCGUGCGCGAGUUCUCUGCCGAGGAUCUCAUGUCAUGACUGAGGCGUGGGAUCAGUUGCAGGAGCGCAUCACCAGGCGGGAGAUGGAAGACUUAUUGACGACCAAGAGCAAGCUCGAAGAUCUCUUGGCUACUGGACCCAUAGGUGGGCCUUUGGCUGGGAAUGGUGUCGAUGCAGCUGAUGAAAUAGACGAUUGGGAAGGGCGAUUGUAUGAAGUGACAAUCAAACUACUUGACAGCAUCCAGCUUGUGUAUGGCGAUUAUUAG